UGAGAAUGAAUGACCGAGUUCAAACAAAGUGUCCGUGAGUUUCUGGUGGGAAAGCAUCAAGAUCUGCGGCAAACUGUGCAGGAUUGCCUUCAUCUCCAAAAUCCGGGUUGCAGCCGCAACUGUCUGAUUGAUGAGUGGAGUCCUGCUCAAACCCUGGGUAGAUGAAACAUCCUUUUUCAAGUGGGGAAACUGCAGAAACUGUGAGAAAAAUCAUCAAUGAGAAUCACCUGUCAUUGAAAGUGGGAGGACACUUGACACUAUGGGAGAGUGCAAAGAACAGAGAGUGAUUGGCAGGAGGAGGAGAGUCUGACGGAGGAGCAGAGGAAUGUUGGCAGCCAUUUAGUCUGAGCUCAACAACGGAGGGAAACAUGGAUUCUUCACAAAAAAAAUGUAAACACAGCCAUGGAGUGAGAUGUGGGACCUCUGAGGAGGAUAAGGAUGGUUCAGCAACAACAGCAAAAAGAGAUGAAUCACUGAGUUGUGUGCAAUGUGGCAAGACUUUUGUCACAGCAACAAAGCUAAGAAUUCACAAAUGUAUUCACACUGUGGAGAAACCAUUCAGCUGUGAUCAAUGUGGAAAGGCUUUUACUCACAAGAGUGAUCGAGCAGAACAUCAACUCAUUCACAGUGGAGUUAAACCAUUCAACUGUGAUCAAUGUGGAAAGGCUUUUACUCACAAGAGUACUCUAGCAAAACAUGAACUCAUCCACAGUGGAGUUAAACCAUUCAACUGUGAUCAGUGUGGAAAGGCUUUUACUCACAAGAGUCACUUAAAAAGUCAUCAACUCAAUCACAGUGGAGUUAAGCCAUUCAACUGUGAUCAGUGUGGAAAGGCUUUUACUCACAAGAGUCACUUAAAAAGUCAUCAACUCAAUCACAGUGGAGUUAAACCAUUCAACUGUGAUCAGUGUGGAAAGGCUUUUACUGACAAAAGUAACUUAAGAAGUCAUCAACUCAUUCACAGUGAAGUUAAAGCAUUCAGCUGUGAUCAGUGUGGAAAGGCUUUUACUCACAAGAGUGCGUUAAGACGUCAUCAACUCAUUCACAGUGAAGUUAAACCAUUCAGCUGUGAUCAGUGUGGAAAGGCUUUUUCUCAGAAGAGUACUCUAGCAAAACAUCAACUCAUCCACAGUGGAGUUAAACCAUUCAACUGUGAUCAGUGUGGAAAGUCUUUUACUGACAAGAGUACGUUAAAAGAUCAUCAAUUCAUUCACAGUGGAGUUAAGCCAUUCAGCUGUGAUCAGUGUGGAAAGGCUUUUACUCACAAGAGUCACUUAAAAAGUCAUCAACUCAUUCACAGUGGAGUUAAACCAUUCAACUGUGAUCAGUGUGGAAAGGCUUUUACUGUCAAAAGUAACUUAAGAAGUCAUCAACUCAUUCACAGUGAAGUUAAAGCAUUCAGCUGUGAUCAGUGUGGAAAGGCUUUUACUCACAAGAGUGCGUUAAAAUGUCAUCAACUCAUUCACAGUAGAGUUAAACCAUUCAACUGUGAUCAGUGUGGAAAGGCUUUUUCUCAGAAGAUUAUGUUAAAAAGACAUCAACUCAUUCACAGUGGAGUUAAACCAUUCAACUGUGAUGAGUGUGGAAAGGCUUUUACUGACAAAAGUAACUUAAGAAGUCAUCAACUCAUUCACAGUGAAGUUAAAGCAUUCAGCUGUGAUCAGUGUGGAAAGGCUUUUACUCACAAGAGUGCGUUAAAAUGUCAUCAACUCAUUCACAGUAGAGUUAAACCAUUCAACUGUGAUCAGUGUGGAAAGGCUUUUACUGACAAGAGAAACUUAAAAAGUCAUCAACUCAUUCACAGUGGAGUUAAACCAUUCAACUGUGAUCAGUGUGGAAAGGCUUUUACUGACAAGAGAAACUUAAAAAGUCAUCAACUCAUUCACAGUGGAGUUAAACCAUUCAACUGUGAUCAAUGUGUGAAAACCUUUACUCAACAUGAACAGUUGUUGAUCCAUCAAUGCCCCCAUUCUGGUAGAAAGCGGUACCACUGUGACUCCUGUGAAAAAACUUUCAAGCACCAACAAAGCUUAAAAUGUCACCAACGCAUCCACACUGGAUAUGAUGUGUAUGUAUGUGAUUACUGUGGCAAACUAUUUGUACAGUACUCACAGUUAAAAGCUCAUGAAGUGACCCACACUGGGGUUAAACCAUACAUUUGUGACCAGUGUGGGAAACGCUACAGCUACAUUGCAAACCUCAAAGUUCACCAACGUGUCCACACUGGGGAGACACCAUACAGAUGUGACGAGUGUAAGAAGACUUUUACAACUUUGUAUUCCCUGAAACAACACCAGCAGAUCCACACCAGAAAGCAAGCAUUCAAUCAGUGUCACAGUGAGCAGAACGGAACAGAUGGACAAAACUCUCAGACUUGUCAGCACUCUGCCAAUGGUGAACAGUGCUGCUUUGACCAGUCUGGACCGACGUCCAAUCAACAAGGAACCCUACAACGACACCAGCGUAUGCACACUGGACACAGACUGAACCCCUGCCAAGAAGAUUUCUCCAUGCAGGGUUCAGUAAAAGUUCAUGAAGUCCUCCACAAACUUAAAGUCCUUGAGAUCCGGCUUCACAGAAUUCAGGAGAACAAUGUGAUGAGUGCACCGAGAGAUCCAAUACAGGGAGCUUUCCUUUUUCAAAGAUCAUUAGAAGGACAGAAGACAAAUUGUUCUAGAAACCUAUCAUCUGGGUCAGGUGGUCCCUCUGCAGCACAAGGAGUACUAUCCCACAUUGGAUCUGAUGUUAAUAUUUCCCUUAGACAUGGUAAAUUGACUGACUGGCUGAUAUUGUAGAGUUAGUAAAUAUAGGCAGUUAACAAAAGGAAAUGAAUGCUACUUUGUGGAGGUACCAGAAUUUGGCCAUUUAACAAAAAAAUCUAAUGCUAAUAUUCUUUUAUUUCACCAGACUGUUAUUGUUUCCACUUCAAUGAAUGAUGCUGUUGUACAUGUAUAGUAAUUUUAUUCAUCUUCAUGCAUACAGUGUUUGUGUACAGUAUGCGUGAUCAUAUUUUAAAAAUAUAUAUAUUAACAAGGCCAACAACAAGUAAAAUGUGGUAACUGCAAGCUGUUUCUUCUGAGAUCCGUUUAUGAUGUGCUGUAUUGUUUUAUGAUGAGCAAUUUUAAGAACUUAUUUAUUGUGGCAGGGCACUACAUAAUUACACAAUUACAUGUAAGUAUGAA